CUCUUGGUCUCUAACAUUAUAUGCAUUAUAAACCCCCCUUCUCUCGAAUUAUUCUGUGGUAGCAGAUAUCUCGUGGAGCAAGAGCCAAUCGAUAAGUUCCGAGAACGAUUACAUCAAGAUGAACCGAUGGUGGCAACAUGACGUGAAAGCUGCUUUGCUUGUCAGACCCAGUGAAUCAUACAGCAAUCAAUAAUUUCUCACAGUAGCCCCCCCUCCACGAUCCUACACCAUACCGACUAUAUAUCACUACCCGCUACCUCACCACUGCAACCAACCACACCCCCAAUCCCCACAUAACCUACCAAUCCCAGAUCCCAGAAGAUAAGACCACUACAACCAACAUGACCGAAACAAGCCCCAUCUACAACCUCAUAGCCGCCAUGGAUGCCGAAGACGAAGCCACCGCCCACAACACCACCGCCGCCCCGGACGACGCAACAACCGACUACGGCGCCCGCGCCGUCCGCAGCGCCGCCAUGCCCGCAGACGAGGACGACGAAAGCCGCCUCGCGGACCAUGUCUCCGUCCAGGACUCUGCCCCAGCAGGUGGCCGGUACCAGCCUUCUGCGUACUAUGACGACGCCCCACGGGAGCAAGCGAUGCCGUCGCAUCGUCAUCGGCAGGAGACGGCGACGGCUGGGGGCGGGUAUCAGUUGCGAGAGGUGGAGGAGCGGGCGGAUGGGUCGAGGCGCGUGCAUCGCGAAUAUGAGGAUCCGGCGACCGGGGUGACUUAUGUACGGGAUUUGAAUGGCUGAUUCUUUUCUUUUGGGGAUUGAGGGCGGAUAUGGGAGUGAGAGUGGUUUUUUGGGGAAGGUGUGCAGUACAGUAUAGCUUAUGUCGGGUUGGAAAUCAUGUCGAGUACAGCAUCAUCAAACGUGGAUGAAGGGACGUUUGAACUUUCAGUACAAGCUCACUAGAAUGAGGAUUCGGGGGCUGUGGCGCUUCCUCCGUAUGGGACAGGCCCAAACCUUCGAGAUUAUCAAGUCAAACCAC